AUGGAACGCUACGGUAUACCGCAGAUUUUUUCUGGAUAUUUCGUUCACUUUAACGGCAUCAUCCCGCGCACGCUCAUACACCCGAGUCACUCGGUGGAAUGGCGCAUGGCAGAGCGCCAUGGCGCCACCUGCUGCACCACCUUCGACCCUUCAUUGGUGAACAUUAUCAUCUACCGGCCCGGCUAUGAGCGCAGCGAGAAAUGCCGCAUCUGCAUUGAGCGGUACUCGAGCAUCUCGUGCGUCCCGAUCGGGUGGAUGCUGGAUUCUCUCCUCCAGUCGCGCCAGAUUCAUCCCUCACUCUACCGCCUGACGAGUGUGCCGGCCGUGGCAAACGCGACGGUGCGUGGCACUGACCUGCCUCACCACCAUCACCCAUUCUAUCAGAUCAACAAGCGCGAGUACAUGAUCCCCACCUCCUUCCCUGCCCCCGAGACCAAGGCGGCCAAGGUGACGAAGGUAAAGGAGGUUGAGCCGCCGACCGAUAUGGAGGUGACGACGGACAUGGGAGGGAUUCUCCCGCCCUUCUUCGAUCUUCAACAACCCCAGUACACCGUUGUGGACGUCUACGACGCGGUGGUGGCGUGCGCGACCGGCAUGAGCGCCGAUAUUGGCGACGACGAAAAUGACAAGAUGGAGGUUCGCAAGGCCAAGGCCGGCAUUGAGCUCAUCAACUCGCAACAGUCGUACAACAGGGUGAACCGAGCCCUCUUCACGGGUAUGAACGUGGUACUUUCGCCAUCUCUAACGGAGCAGAAGCCGUUGUUGAUGGCCAUCGAGCGAUGCGGUGGCAAGAUUACGGAGAACCGGGGCUCUCUGGAGGAGACGGUGCAGAGCGGUGUGACACACGUUAUCUAUCACCACAAUGACAAGAAGGAUGCAAUCAUGGUCGAGGCAGUGCACCUCAUAGCUACCACCACCCCCGGGCUUCAGCUGGCUCAAUCGAACUGGCUGGAGGACUGCCUUAUCCUCGGUGAGGUACUGCCACUUCAGGGCAUGUACACCCCAACACCGAAGCUACUAGAGACGCUCAGCAAGAAGUACGCCAAGGCGAAUAACUGA